UGCGGCAGGGGCGGGCCGAUCGCAGCCCGUUGCGGUGCCCGCUGCAGCGCCCGCAGCCCCGCUCUCGCCGCCGCCGCCGCCGCCAUGUACCUGUGCAGGGCCGCCUCGCAGGCGCUGGCCGCUCGUCUGAGCCGGGCGCCCUCGGCCGCCAGCCGGCUCACGCAGCGCGCACCUCUUCGCCAGAUGUCAUCUGGGAGCGUUCCUGGCUCUUCUGGAGAGAACAUGAUUUACUAUCUCAUCACUGGGGUUGCUGCAUUCGGUGCUUUUUUCUAUACCUACAAAGUAGUCGGUUCAUCCCGUAGCAACUACGUUGAACAUGUGAAUGUUCUCCACGAGAGAGGUCAGAAACACAAAGCUGACUCAUACAAGGGUGAUGAAGAGGAGACAGCUGAAGUCACUGGAGCAGACGUGGCCACAGAAGAAGCCGAUGCAGCAACCGCUGCUGGACCUGCAGCACAGGAGGAGAGUUCUGGGGUUACCCCAGAAACUGGAGGAGAGAGUGACUUGCCGGCUGCAGACACGUCCACUGCUGUGGAGGGAGCACAGCAGGAAGCUGCUGCUAAUUCAGAAGCUCCUGCAGUGCAAGAAACUGUGAGUGAAGUCUUGGAUGUUGCAGCUGCUUCUGCCCAUGAGGAGAACUUAGACAGUGUCAAGGAAGGAGUAGCCUCAGCAGCUCAAGAGAUGUCUGACACAGCCACGAGGAGCCAGGACGCUGAUGCUGAGGAGUCGGGGAGAGCUUCAGAAGGUGCAGGAGUGCAGCUGGUUUCUGAGGAGGAGAAGGCACCUGAAGAAGUCGCUAAGGAACCCUAAAGUGAGCAGCACUGAUGCCUUUGAAAAGUUUACCAGAAAAGUCUGUGGCAAUCAACCAGCUGAUUCCUGUGAGAAACCUCAGACUCUUCCUUGGAGACAUAAAACAAGCCGUGCAGUUUGUCACACCACACAUUACAUGUUAGGACCAGUGUUCAUUGCUGCAACAGACAACCUAAUACAACUUUAGUUAGACAGACGCUGCUGUCAUUAACAACUCUGCUUUAGAAAGUAGCACCCAGCACCAAGUGCCAGAGCACCACCCAGCAUGCAAUGGAUAGAUGUGCUAAGAGAAGCAGUAGGCUUCACUGUAUCCCUGCCAGGUGAGCUUGUUCUAGUUCCUGGUUGUCCAGGUGUCUACUUUCAUUUCUUUCUUUUGGUCCAAACUGCGGUGCUUAGUUAUGCUGCCAUCACAUUCCACACCAAAAUGAAAGUUAAAAGUUCUAAGGAAGUUAAAACCUUAUGUAAAUUACCUGUUUGCAAUUGUAACCAUAGGACAUCUGGCUGUACAAAACACCUGGUUUUCUUCCUGUGUAAGCAUUUUAGAUGCUAAGCUUUCUUGCACCAUAGAAGCCCAGAGUAAACAUUUUUAAAGCUGCUGCUCUGCGAACAAGAACUGUGUGCAUGUAGUAGCAAUAAGUACUGUAUUGCAACUUGACAGAAACAAUGAGCAUCAAAAGAAAGCUGCUUGAGGUUGUCUUUAUUGCUCAGAGUGGUGCCUCCUGCUUGGGGGUGCUGAGCCCCAUUCCUACCAAACUUUGGUUUGUUAUAAUCUUUGUCUUGUUCUGUCUUAGCAGUAUGUGGCAUUAAAAAACAAACAACGGAGUGUUGAGAGAAGACUCUUGUACAAGUGAGGAGAAAUUUAGGCUGUUGUGAAGCUUCCCUGAGAGCUAGCAUGUGGCCUGCAAAAUCUCAAUAGGUGGCUACGGCACAGGUAUUCAAAUGGACAAGGAUCUUCAGGGUCUAAUGGCUAUGAAAAUCGGAACAAGCAGUUGUGUGUCAAAAUAUUCUCCCUCUGAGAGGGGCAUGUUGCAAGUGGGACCAAAUGUGAAAAAGAGCAGGGAAAAGUAUCUAAGCCAAUAACCUUCCUCCCCCCAUUUCUUGACUUGUCAUUGUUGUCUUAAUAAUGAAAGUAUCUAUAAUAAUCAGUUUGCAAGCCGGUGUUGUCCUAACCCUGUUCAGCUAUUUGCAGGCACACAAGUGUGUAUCUACCAAAAAGUAUUUACAGAGAUCCUCAUCAGCUAGAAACUGUUACAGCCAUCACAGCGUAACAAUAAUUCUAAAUGAAGCCUAAAUAAGGUAUAGUGUACACAAUUUAUAUAGAAACUCUGAACCAAAAGAUCUGACUGCUUUGUCUGCAAGCAGAAAUUUGAGAAGAUGCUGAAAGGGUAAUUACAGUGUUAUAGCAUUCCUACCCAUUGUGUAAAGAAUGUCAUGCUCCUUCCUUUAUGAUAUAGUAAAUAAUAAGUGUCCCAACAGAAAACUUGUUUAUAAAUACCUGGAAUAAUGCUGAAGCAAAAUCAGGCUCCUGAGUACCAUAAAGCUCUUCUACUUAAAGGGUAAAGCCUCUGUGAUUAAGCAGAGUUUUUAUAGACAGAGCUACUGGAAUAAAAGUCUUAGGUUGAUAUUUGUUGGUUGUCAGUCUGUAGUUAUCUGGUAGAUUAAACGUUCUAUGAUAGGUAGAUGUAUGCUCUUAAUUAUACUAUUUCAAAUUUAGCUAUUUUCACUAAUUCCCAGUGGAAAAAAAAGCUCUAAUUUCUACGUAGGGUUUUUGACACUGUAGGACUUGCUGACUGCCUCUUAACCUCUGGAGUUAUUCUGGUAUAUGGCAGCCAGACCACAAGGGCUAUGUAUUAGCCCAUGGUAACUGAUGCACGAAGAACAAAAGCUCAAUGUACAGGGUGCUUCUCAAAGCUGAUCAUCUCCCAGUUUCCAAAUAAAUAAUGUAGUAGUUUCAGGAUAAGCUGUAUAUAUGCUUCACAUCAGGGAUCCUCUAUGCACUGCUUUUGAAGGAAACUAGAAAUGUGUCAUCAACUUCAGCUGUGAUGGCACACAGUGCAAUGUGGUUUGCUUCAAAACUCUUUUACCCUGCAUUAACGGCAGACGUAAUGUCCUGUAGUAGGAAGAUGGCAAGACUAAAUGAGAUGGGGAGAAAGGCCGUGCUUGACAAUAUACUUGAAAUCCCAGAGUAAAACUUGAGAGUCUUGUCUUUGUCUGAACUGCCAAAUGCUUCUCUGUGCUCGGCGAGUGUCUGCAAAAGCAGGCAGUGAAGCGUUUACCCCCCUCUAGUGCCGGUUCAUGGAAGGGUGACCACCUGCUGUGACAGCAAUAAUUUGCUUAGCUGGUGUGCUGGGCACGGGUGAAGUCCAUCCAAGUUUCAGUUGUACCCUUUCCCAUGCUCAUAUCAAUACAGAAUUUUUUUUUUUUUACUUGCUUCUUAAAAAUAUAAGACAAUUUAUUUGAACUGAUACCUGAAACUGCAGGUUUUACUCAAAAUUUGUAAAAUCUGAGAGUGAAAUGCCUGAACCAGGAUUUCUUGUGCCUGAGCAUAGAGAUUUGAUGAUGUGAUAAAAUACUAUUUUUACUUGGUUGUCUGGUAAACAAACAAAAAAACCACAAAACACUGAACCAAGCAUUGGGGCUGUGCUUCUUUUCCAUCUUUCUCUCCAGUUUUGUACCAACCAGCCCUCCCAGCUCCUGUUUUAGCACAGAAGGGGAAGAACUCAAAGCUCCUCCCAGCUGAGUGACAGCCUAGGAGCUCAGUGGUUUGUUUUGUUGCAUUUACUUGCAGUUGGUACCACCUUGGAGGUGCAGCUACUGCAGGCACUGUUUCCUGAUGACAGGAAAUAAGGCAGUGUCACUUAUAGAGCACAGGCACACAUGGAUUGAGGGGACAUAUGUGAAGACGGAAGGUAUUCUGUGCCAAGGGAUGUAGGAGCAAAUAUUGCUUGGUCUGCUGCCUGUGGAUUAACUAGCUUAUUUCUAGAGUGCUGCCCCUGUUGUCACAUGGACUGUUCUACUCUUUGGAAUGUUUUUUUUUUUUCUUGGUUGCAUGCUCCCGUUGCUCUGCUUACUGCUGCAGCAAACAGAAGAUGUGCAGAAUGAGAGGAGUUUAUUCCACAGCCGUGAUCACUGAAUGGUGUGGUAGUAACAGGAUUUUCCUGCGUUCUGGGCUUUACUCCUUCUCCUGGGAUGCUGCAGGAGAUGUUGGCUCCUCCAGCUCUACUGGGAUAGGAAGAAGGGAUCCUGAUAUGUAUAGGCUUCAUGUACGGAUUCAGUGUCAUUUAGUUAUCUAGAAUCUUGCUUAUUCAGUGAUAGUUAUCCUUAUUUUAAACCUUCUUUACUUAAUAAAGUCUCAAAAAGAUGCAUGUGAGCUCUGACUGUGCCCCAGCAGAAGUGUCGUACAGGAAGCUCUGCCAUCGGUACUGCAUCUGCCCUGUUUGGUAUUGACUUCAGUGUGCAAACCAAUGGAAUUAAGGGGGAAAAUAUGAAGAAG